AUGUUUUCUUGUAGUGAUCGUGACGAGAGGGCUGUUCUACAAUACCGGAUGUCGCAUGAGGCACGUCGCAUGGGUGGGAAAAGACGUCUUCUCAAUAUGCCUAAUCCAAAUAACCACAUUAACUCUGGUUCUUCUCUCAAAGAACUUGAUCAACAAAUAUGUUUGCUAAACUAUCGUCUUUUAUCGCAAUGGCGACUUAAUAAGCUGAGCGAUCGGGAUGAAACAAGAAAAAAACUAACGGAACUUGUAAUGGAACGAGAAAAAAUAAAUCGUGAAGUUCCAGGAAAAACUUCCCAAUGGAACUCAUCGCCGUUUUUGAGGGAUUUGCGGAAACAGAUUGAGGUAAUCAGUUUUUCUAGCUAG